GCCAAUUCACUUAAGAAGGAAGCAAUUGACACUGGCAUACUGGGUUAAUCUAAAAGGGCAGAAGGAUAGUCAUCCAACAAAAGCAUCCCUCUCUGGAAUGAGAUGGACUUUGUCGUAGAUGGAGGAGCUGAACACGCAGCAACAUUGAAAGCAUGAGUCCUGAUUGUUCUGGUAGUGGUGAUCUAGUUGUUCUGACUAUUUAUGUAGUAAUUUAAUUUAGGUUUUAUUUAAUUGGUUAAGAUGCAUCAUGUGACUUAGGUUAGAGGUCGUGGUGGCCAUCUUAGUUUUCACUUCUCCACAGCAGUGAUGCAGCAGCAGAUGUCUCUCUGAUAAAAGAUAUAUUCUUCUGUUAUUUCAUGCCAAAGAGGCCAUCGUCUGUAAGUGUUUAUUUAAUAUCAUCCAUGUUAAUAAAAAAGAGUAUUUCAUAAGGAUUUAAGAAAACAUUUGCUGUACAUUUUCAAAGAAGACUAUUGUUAUCUUUCUUACUAUUUACUUUUAUUCAUACUUAAUACUUAAUGUACGUUUUCUGUUUGUAUUGUAGUUUCACAAAAAAUGUACGUUGUGGGAAAGAAGAUUUCUAAGUAAAACACCGAAAAAGAACCUUUUUUGGUUUCGACUUUUUCUUCAACCCUCAUCCUGUUUAACUAUCUGUUGAGGUGCAACAUACUUGCAUCAGGGACAGAAUAGUGAAAAGACGGAGCUUCAAUGCAAUAGAAAGACGGAAUCUCUUCAUUCAAGCUACAGAGUCUGCUCUCAAGUGAAUGAUCGCCUCAUAUUUCAUUUCUUCAUCAAGUCUUGAACUUUGAGGUACUAUCUAUGCGAUUUAUGUCAUGGAGGGUGACAGGAAAUCUGAGACUGAGAAGAUGCUGAAAACUAGUUCUGUUGUUACACGUUCAACAGCAUCAUCAAAAAGGUCUAGUAGGACAUCGGCUAGCAUGGCUGCUGCCAAAGCACGAGCUAGAGCUGAGGCAGAGCGUACACGUGCAUAUUAUGUCAAGAAAGAAACUGAAAUGAAAGUAGAAAAAGUUCGCAUGGAAGGCAGUCUUACAGCACUAGAACAUGAAAAGGAGGCUGCUGCCGCUAUGGCCGAGGCAAGAAUAUUAGAGGAGGCUGUAGAGAGCAUGGAGGAAGGCAGUUAUCGUUCACAUAGCCCGAUUGCUCCUGCUGCAGACCCUGUGCAGCGCACGAGUGAUUAUGUGGAGCAGCACACAAAUAACUCCAUUGUUGUUCCUCCUGAGGAAAUAAGUUUAGCCACUCCACCUGUUGAUUUCAUGAACCUUUAUGGAAGUGAAAACAAGCAGUUAAAGGAAAGCUCUCAUAGGAGUGUGCCACCUGAUUUUGUUGAACAAGUCAACGAUUCAGUCUCAAAGCCUUACGCUAACAAGAUUGAAAAGCCUCAGUCUGCCACGUACAGUCCAGUUAAUUACUGGCCCCUUGCACAGACUUUCAAUUCCGGCGUUCCUAUGCAGUCAUCUUCCCACGGAGAAGUUGAAAUGAGUGAUUUAGCAAGAUUUCUUGCCCGUCGUGAGAUCAUUAGUUCCGGGCUCACAAUAUUCGACGAUCACCCAGAAAACUACUGGGCUUGGAAAUCCUCUUUCUUAAAUGCCACCAGUGGGCUCAAACUCUCUUCCAGUGAGCAGUUGGAUUUACUGAUUAAGUGGUUAGGCAGUCGGUCAUCAGAAUAUGUGAGACGCAUCAGGUCAGUGAAUAUAAGGUAUCCUGAUGCAGGGCUUAAAAUGGCAUGGGAUCGUCUAGAAGAGAUGUAUGGAUCCCCGGAAGUGGUUGAGAAAGCACUUUUUGACAAAAUUGAGAAAUUUCCAAAAAUCAAUAAACAAGAUCCUCUGAAAUUACAAGAGCUCGGAGAUCUGCUACGUGAGGUUCAGUCUGCUAAAGCUGAAGGGUACUUGACAGGACUUUCUUAUCUGGACACCUCCAGAGGAGUCAAUCCGAUCGUGGAGAAGCUGCCUUAUCACCUGCAAGAAAAAUGGAUUUAUCAGGGUUCUGAGUACAAAAGGAAGUACAACGUUACCUUCCCUCCAUUCUCCUUUCUUACUGACUUUGUCUGUCAGGAAGCACGUACUCGAAACGAUCCAAGCUUUAGCUAUAGUGCAGUCUGUACAACCCAGAUCAAAGCAGAACCGUUGGUUAAAAGACAAUUGCAAAGAAGGAUGGCCGUGUCUACACACAAGACGGGUGUAACAUCGUCAACCGGAUUUCUUCCCACAAGAAGUUCCGAAAAUGAACCUAUUGAUGUUGAAAAGCAGUGUCCUAUACAUAAAAACAAACCUCAUCCUCUGAGACGUUGCCGUGGGUUUAGAGCGAAGACUCUAGAAGAAAGGCAAACACUGCUUAGAGAAAAUGGUGUGUGCUAUAGGUGUUGUGCUUCGACGGUUCACUUGGCAAAGAACUGCAAGGCAGUAAUCAAAUGUAACGAAUGUGAAAGCGACCGACAUAUGUCUGCACUUCAUCCUGGUCCUCCACCGUGGGCCAACAAAGACCCUUCAUCAGAUCAUGGCGGGGAGGAGGAUAAAAGCCCUUCUCCUACUGUAACUUCACAAUGCACAGAGAUUUGUGGAGACAGUCCUAUACCUAAAUCAUGCUCUAAGAUAUGCUUGAUAGGAGUAUAUCAUGAGGAUCAUCCAGAAAUUAUGGUCAAGAUGUACGCAGUGCUCGAUGAGCAAAGUAAUAGAUCUCUAGCUAGACCUGAGUUUUUUGAUCUAUUCAAAGUAAAAGGAACAGAGCAUCCAUACUCUCUUCGAACUUGUGCUGGGUUAACAGAAACUUCAGGAAGAAGAGCCACUGGGUUUCAAGCUGUAUCUAUGGAUGGAAAGACACAUGUGUCACUUCCAACACUCAUCGAGUGUAAUUAUAUGCCUGACGACCAUUCUGAGAUCCCAUCUCCCACCAUUGCACGCCAGUUCCCUCACUUGAUAUCUAUUGCUCACGAAAUACCAGAGAUAGAUCCAUGUGCUAAGAUACUGCUUCUCUUAGGGAGAGACAUCAUCCAAGUCCACAAAGUGAGGAAACAGCUCAACGGUUUGAAUAAUUCACCGUACGCCCAAAAACUCGACUUUGGCUGGGUGAUAGUGGGAAAUGUCUGCUUGGGGUCAGCACAUAAACCUAGCACAGUUGACGUGUUCCGCACAAACAUACUUCUCAAUGGACGCCCAAGCAUAUGUGAGCCAUGUCCUAAUCAGAUACAGGUGAAAGAGAAGCUAAGCAGUAAAAAUCAUCCCAUCUCUUUACAUGGCUGUCGCUUUUACCCAUCCACCUGCCCUGAGUACUUGCUGGGUAACACUAUUUUCGAACGGACUCAAGACGAUGAAAAGAUAGCCCCUUCCAUUGAAGAUCGUUCAUUCUUGAAACUGAUGGACAAGGAAAUGUUCAUUGACAGCUCUAACAGCUGGGUGGCACCUCUUCCGUUCCGUAUUCCACGCCAACAGCUACCCAACAAUAGGGACCUGAGUAGGAAACGUCUCUUGUCACUUCAACAGACACUAAGGAAGAAGCCUCAAAUGCAGGAACAUUUCAUCACAUUCAUGCAAAGGAUUUUCGAUGCAGGUCAUGCAGAAUUAGCUCCACCUGUGAUGAAAAAUGAGGAAGUGUGGUACCUGCCUAUAUUUGGUGUCUAUCACCCUCCCAAGCCAGGACAGAUCAGAGUUGUUUUUGACUCUAGUGCUCAGUACAAAGGCCUUUCUUUGAAUCAAGUGCUUCUCUCAGGACCUGACCUGAAUAACUCCUUGCUAGGUGUUUUGCUGCGUUUCCGUAAAGAAGCAGUUGCAUUUACUGCUGACAUUGAACAGAUGUUCCAUAGCUUUGUGGUGAGAGAAGAUCACCGCAACUUUCUCCGCUUCUUGUGGUUUGAGGACAAUGACCUCUCGAAAGAUGUCACAGAGUAUAGGAUGAAGGUCCAUGUCUUUGGGAAUAGUCCCUCUCCCGCGGUAGCAAUCUAUGGACUUCAUCGUGCAGCUCAACAUGGAGAACUUGAGUUUGGGAAAGAUGCAAGAGCCUUUGUGGAGCGUAAUUUUUAUGUGGAUGAUGGCCUGAAAUCAGUGCCCACAGCUGUGGAAGCAGUUGGUCUGUUGAAAAGAACUCAGGAGAUGCUAGCAAGUUCCAACCUGAGGCUUCAUAAAAUAGCAUCUAACAGUCCUGAUGUAAUGAAUGCCUUUCCUGUGGAGGACCAUGUGAAAUAUCUCAAGGACCUCGAUCUGGAAAAAGAUACUCUACCUAUUCAGAGGAGCCUUGGUCUGAGCUGGAAUCUUAAAACAGACACUUUCACUUUUCGUGUUGAUGCAGAAGAGAAGCCUUUUACACGUAGAGGUGUCUUAGCAACUGUCAACAGCGUUUUUGACCCUCUUGGAUUGGCAGCACCUGUUACAAUACAAGGAAAGUUCCUUCUUCGUGACCUGACAGCAGACACCAAAGACUGGGAUGCCCCUCUACCAACAGUCAGGGAAGCUGAAUGGGAGGCUUGGAAAAACUCUUUGCAAGAUCUAGCUCAAUUUGAAAUACCCAGAGUGUACUCAAAGGUUUCGCUAUCUUCAGCUAAAAGGAAAGAAAUUCACGUUUUCUCAGAUGCUUCCACAAAGGCAAUUGCAGCAGUAGCUUACCUGAGAGUGAUGAAUGACAAUGGAUCAUGUACAGUAGGGUUUGUGAUAGGCAAGGCUAAGCUUGCUCCACUGUCUGCUCACACUGUACCUCGAUUAGAGCUUGGAGCAGCAGUCCUGGCAGUAGAAGUGGCAGAACUCAUUCAAGGUGAGAUGGAUAUUACUCCAGAUGCUGUAGAAUUCUAUUCCGACAGUAAAGUAGUGUUGGGGUAUAUUCAUAACCAAACCAGACGGUUUUACGUAUACGUGAGUAAUAGAGUCCAGCGGAUUAGGAAAUCUACAAGGCCAGAAUAGUGGCAU